AGGCCCCGCAGGGCGCCCCCCGCCGCUGAGGAUGAGUCACUGCAGCAGCCGCGCCCUGACCCUGUUGAGCAGCGUGUUCGGUGCAUGCGGCCUGCUCCUCGUGGGCAUCGCGGUCAGCACGGACUACUGGCUGUACAUGGAGGAGGGCACUGUGUUGCCGCAGAACCAGACCACCGAGGUCAAGAUGGCGCUGCACGCUGGCCUCUGGCGAGUCUGCUUCUUUGCAGGUCGAGAGAAGGGUCGCUGCGUGGCCUCGGAAUACUUCCUUGAACCAGAGAUCAACUUGGUGACGGAAAACACGGAGAAUAUUUUGAAGACAGUGCGCACGGCCACUCCCUUCCCCAUGGUCAGUCUGUUCCUCGUUUUCACGGCCUUCGUCAUCAGCAACAUCGGCCACAUACGCCCUCAGAGGACCAUCCUAGCCUUCGUUUCUGGCAUCUUCUUCAUCCUGUCAGGCCUCUCCUUGGUGGUGGGCUUGGUCCUUUACAUCUCCAGCAUCAACGACGAGGUCAUGAACAGGCCCAGCAGCUCCGAGCAGUACUUCCAUUACCGCUAUGGGUGGUCUUUUGCCUUCGCGGCUUCCUCCUUCCUGCUCAAAGAGGGGGCCGGCGUGAUGUCGGUGUACCUGUUCACCAAGCGCUACGCGGAGGAGGAGAUGUACCGCCCGCACCCCGCCUUCUACCGUCCGCGUCUCAGCGACUGCUCCGACUACUCCGGCCAGUUUCUGCAGCCCGAGGCGUGGCGUCGGGGCCGCAGCCCGUCGGACAUCUCAAGCGACGUCUCUAUCCAGAUGACGCAGAACUACCCUCCCGCCAUCAAGUACCCCGACCACCUGCACAUCUCCACCUCGCCCUGCUGAGGCGCGGCUGCUCGGAGCAUCCCCUCGCCCCU